UUGAAGGUGACACCACGUGAACCGGAAGUGUUGUGAAUGUCAAAGAUGGCGUUUGACAUGUUUUAGUGACACAUUAUCAGGCGAUACUUUCCAAACAAACGCUGGUGUGGAUAUCGAUCGUUGAUUUUUUUUUUAGUAAUGAACUGAAUUAAAGCAAAAUGGCUCUAAGUGAAUUGAAUCGCUCAGUGCGAUUGUUUUUUACUCAAAUCCAACGAUGUCGCGUCGCUGCAAACCAAAUCCGGUGUAUGAACCAGGCAGCCUGUCAACCGCAGCCUAGUCCAAAUGAAAACGAAGCAGUGAACCCGACCUUUGAGAACAGGAACCCGCGGAACCUGGAGUUCAUGGCUCUGGCUGUGAAGGACCGGGGCUGGAAGACGACGUGGCCCCACAGAGAGUUUUACCACAGGUUGGUGUUCUCCCGCACCCAACAUUACGUGACGGCACAAGUGUUUUCCAGCAGCUCCCCUGUCCCAGUGCUGACUUGUUCCACCAAAGAGUGGGCUCUGAAGAAGGAGCUGACGUCCACAAGAGCUGUGGCAGCGUGCCAAGCUGUGGGUGACGUUCUGGCACAGCGAUGCCAACAGGCUGGCAUCACAAGGAUGGUGUACAAAGCCAUACCCUGGACAUUUCGCUCAGAUGCUGUCCAAGCAUUUAGGGCUGCAAUGAAAGAUGGAGGAAUUACACUCAGUGAACCUAGAAGAAAAUAUAUUGGGACCUAAGUUUUGUUGUCAUUAUUUGUUUUUUACAAAUGUUGUGUGUAACUAAUCCUCUGUUGUGAAUUAUGACUGUACUGAUGUAAAGCUGACCAGCAAAUGUUGGCUCUUUUACAUUGUGGAUAAAGUGUUUCUGAACAUAAGCGAUGAAUAAAUCAGGAAACAAAA